AUGCAAACGCGGAAAACGUUGAACUCUUUCUUAGCAUGGGAGGCACUGCUAGAAGCUAAACCUCAACUGUACUUCGCAUUUCGACAUCCGAAUUCAAUCCCGCGCAACGAUGAGGCAGUAGACCGUCACGGAGGUGUCACGCAUUUAUUUAUUCAAAAAUACUUAGAUGGCCUGUCUUCACUUGUCGUGCAGGCCACAGCAUUGUCUCCAUUCCGUUUCUGUCUCUUGCUGGCGUCAUCCACGAUGUUGGUAUUGGAUUGCGGCGGCGACGUUCGCGAGGUCCAGAUCCAUUACUCGUCACCAGCUGAGAACUCAGCUGGUUCAUCCGUGCAACGAACACGUCAGCCCAUCUGGUCGGUGGUCUUCCUCGAGGACGGGCCCGAAGGGGCCCAAGCUGCUCUUUGCCUCCUGUUUAGUUCCUCUUCCAAAUCAUUCUCCAUGUUUAUUGAACGCCCGAGAUAUACACAAGAAGACGUCUCCGCGAUUGGAGAGCCUUCUGAUUCCAUUUCCUGA